AUGAGUAAAUUACCUGAAGCUAAUUACAAGAUCGUUGUUGUAGGUUCUUCUGGUGUUGGCAAAACAUCAAUUGUACAACGUCUUGUUGAUGGAAUUUACAGUGAAGAAAAGCAAUCAACAGUUGGCGUUGAAUUCAAAACAUUUACAAUAACAACCGACUCUGAGGUUGCAAAAUUCUCAAUUUGGGAUACAGCUGGACAAGAGAGAUUCCGUUCAGUUUCAAAGGCUUAUUUCAGAGGUGCUGCUGGUGGCAUCUUAACUUUCGCACUUGAUAACCAGCAGUCCUUCCAAGAACUUGACGGCUGGCUCAAUGAUCUCCAAUCUCUAGCAACACCUAAUGCAGUCAUCCUUUUAAUCGGAAACAAAUUAGACUGCAAUGAAGGCCGUCAAAUUACAACACAAGAAGCAAUGGAUUAUGCACAAAGACACGGACUCGAGUACUUAGAGACCUCUGCUAAGGAUGGAACAAACGUUAACGAAGCAUUUGUACGCUUGGCUAAAACAUUACACGAGAACGUUAAGUCUGGAAAGUUAGUUGGCGCUUUCCAGCCACCAACAGCUCCACAUAUUGCUACAGCCGAUAAGAAAGCCGAUUCUGGUUGCAAUUGUUAA